AUGUCGACGUCUAUCCUGAUAGACCGGAACUUCCGGAUACUCAACAGUGCAAGUUGGAUCCAUCCCUUGACCUUGCGGCCUUUGAACAUGCUCGGUCAGGCAGAAUCCGUUGUUUCCAAAGUCAAGGCGUUCGAGGAAUCUACCAUCUCCUCCAACACCGCGUCAGAGUUACUGCGUCGCCUAAUUGAAGUCAUGCUGGCUCCCUUGAAGGAGUCCAAGCUGGUGUGUUGCGAGCGCAUGUCAAAUCUCCGGCUGCACGGAUACUCGGACUUCCAACUUCGAUUUGAAGUGAUCAGUAUCCUCUAUGGCAGCGGAGGUCGCUAA